GACCGGCUCUUACCACGUGAGUAAGUAGCGAUCAUGGCUGCUGUGUGCUGUGCGGGAGAAUGGCUGGUGAUGAGCAGCUCACAUUAUUUACUAGCUGUGGAUAUCAAAGAAAACAGGGAACCGUUUGUGUUUGACUGCACCAAGGCAGAACAGAAACCAGAGGAAUCCGACACUGACAAAUGUGAUGGUGGAGGUUCUCAGGAGAAAGGAAGUGACCUGAUUCUCGCCCUUGCCUUGUCACCGUCAGGACGUUAUGUUGCUCUGACGGAUGACAACAAAAGACUGAUUUUGUUUCGCACCGAGCCGUCAUGGCAGUGCAUCAGCACAAGGUGGGUGGUACGCAGGUGUACUUCUCUGGUGUUCACUCGGGCCGAGGACGAGCUGCUUGUGGCGGAUAAAUCUGGAGAUGCAUAUUCAUUCUCUGUUUUGGAGCCUCAGAAACCGGGUGAGCUGAAGCUGGGUCAUCUUUCCAUGCUACAGGCCAUUGCUUUGUCUCCAGAUGAUAAGUACAUCAUCACAGCAGACAGAGAUGAGAAGAUCAGAGUGAGCCUGAGCAAAUCUUCAUACAACAUUCAGGCCUUCUGUCUGGGGCACUCAGAGUUUGUCAGCGUGCUGUGUGUUCCAGACGGACAUCCUGAGUGGCUUCUUUCCGGCUCUGGGGAUGGCACAGUGAAGCUUUGGCAUUACGAGUCCGGCAGGCAGUUACAGAGCAUCGGCCUGCAGCAGUGGGGCAUGUCACAGGGCUCUGACACAGACAGCGAUAAGCCACAAAGGUUUGCUGUGAGUCGUAUCAUCAGCUCCCCGGAUGGACGCCAUGUAGCUGUGCAGUGUGAGAGUUUUCCCUCCAUUCAGCUGUUUGCAGUGGAGGAAGGAUCUGAUAGGCUCUUAAUUCCGACUGAGACAAUCGAUCUGCCUCAAAAUCCCUGGGAUAUGACCUUUGACCCUCAGGGGCGACUCUGGGUCUUACUACAGAACAAGGACACAAAUGUACUUCUGUACACACACAGAAAGAAGUGCUGGCAGAGUGAGUCAGAAAGCCCUGAUCUGCAGAAGGUAUCAGAAAAACUGCGCACACAGUGGGAGCUCUUUAAAGACUCCGUCGGCAUGGAGAGUCGCUUCAAGCACCUCUACAAGGUGAACUUUGACAACAUGGCUUCAUAUUUGGAGAAGAAGAAGGAACGACUGCAGCAGCAGAACAAGCAGGGAGGAAAGAAGAGAGCAGCAUGCCAAUCGAACGGUGCAGCAAAAAAAAGCAAGGCAUGACAAAGCGGAGACGGAGCUCAGAAACAGAGCUCAGACAGCUAGAAUUUCUGUUUUUAUAAGACAGUGUUUUGGUGGACAAUCCUCUUCAUUCAGAUUUCAUCCUCUUAUAUUUUGGAAAAAUGUGCAAAGAUUAUUUAAAAUAAAUGUUUUGUUUUUGUUUCUUUC